AGCACUUCCUCUUCACGCCAUAGCAGCUCCUUCAGUCAAGAAGACAUCUCUUCACCGUAGCGGAUAAACAUGCCGGGGCUACUGAGGACCAUCGCUAGCCGUGCCGCUCCGGCUCUGCGGCCACACGCCGUCACUCAGAGAGCUAAUAUCUACACCAGACCGGCCAAGGAGAAAAUCGGCCCGGUUGAAACUGCCAUUGGAAUUGGCAUGUUCUCCCUGGCCAUCCUGGGACCAUCUGGAUGGAUCCUGGCCCACUUGGAGGACUACAAGAGGAAAGAGUAAAACUGGACAUUUUAACAGUGUGAUGCCUGGUGUAUCCAACCUCCUGUCUCCAGUGACAACCUGGGACCAUAACUAUUACUUUGUGCUGCAGAGAAGAAUAUAGAACAAGUUUUACCCUCAUUCUUCUACCUCUCUGACAGUUCCACUCCACAACUCAGAUACAAACCAACUGUUCAGAAAAAACACUUCAUCUAAUACACUGCAAAUUGAAUUGUAUAUGUUCUCUCAUAAAGGAGAAUGUUACAAGAUAAAAUUUUAAACACAA